AAGCAACUGGUUUCAGUAGAUUUUCCACAGUAUCGGUUGAACAGUAUUGUUGUGCCAUUGCAGUCUCAUUGCGGACAAUUUUCUCCAUCCGAGGAGAAUUAGUGUCAGGCAUAGGCUGAAGUGGUCAGUGCAUCAACUUGUGCUAGAAAAAAAUCAUUAGAGACAAGAUGCGCUUCAAACAGCUAUUGGAUCCAAAUGGGGCAUGGAAACUUCUGCCAGCUGCAGGGCUGAUUGUCUUACUCUGGUCAACUUUGAGGGGAAUUCAAAACUGGCUGAGAGUAUUCCUAAUGGUGAGAAGACUGCCUGGUCCUGCUGGUCAUCCCAUUUUUGGAAACGCUAAAGAAUACCUUUCGAAACACAAAUUCUUUGAAUAUGCUGGUCAAUGGAGAGAGAAAUUUCGGAAUUUCCACAAAACGUCAAUAUUUUUUCAUCCAGUGAUAAUUGUGCAGUCUCCUGAUGCAGUUCAGGCCAUUCUGAGUAGAAAAUUCAAACAUGCAGAGAAAGGUUUCAUCUACAAAGGACUGCAACCUCUUCUUGGAGAAGGGCUUAUCACAAGCAAAGAUGAAAAGUGGCACAGUCAUAGGAAAUUGAUCACACCAACAUUCCAUUUCAAUAUACUUGAAAGCUUCCUUGAAGUGUUUGUAUCUCGAACAAGAGACUUCAUGGUCGAUCUGCAAGAAGCAGUUGUGGCAGCAAAUGGAGGUUUCAUUGAUGUCAGCCCCCACACCCGUCGCCUCACUCUGGCUUUCAUUUGUGAGACAGCAAUGGGAGUACCUUCCAGUGGAAAGAAAAAUAAACAAGCUGAAAUUGUUGCUGCAAUGCAUAAGUUGGAGGAAAUAGGAAUCUAUAGAAUGGUGAGACCAUGGCUGCUUUCCGAAUGGCUCUUCCAGUUCACACAGAAGGGGAAAGAACAAGAAAAAUACAAGAGGAUUUUGCACGACUUCACUGAUGAGGUGAUUAAAGAAAGGAGAGAAACACUAUCACAGCUAGGAAAAAUGUCUUCCGAUGAAACAGAUGAUUUCAAAGAAAAGGCAAUCUUCAUGGAUUUAUUGAUAAAUUCUUCUCAAGAUGGAAAAGUUUUGACAGUGCAAGAUAUUAGAGAGGAAGUUAACACCUUCAUGUUUGCAGGCCAGAACACAACUCAACUAGCAAUAAAUUUUUGCUUGUAUCUACUUGGUCGCCAUCCUAACAUCCAGGAGCAAGCGUUUGAAGAGUUGGAAAGUAUCUUCGGAGACUCUGAGAGAGAGCCCACCAUGGAGGAUAUAAAAAAGAUGAGAUAUCUGGGAAAUUGUAUCAAGGAUGCCCUUCGUCUGUAUCCCAGUGUUCCAGUUAUCGCGAGGCGCCUCACAGAAGAUGAUGAAAUAGAUGGACACACCCUUCCUAAAGGCGCUGAUGUGUUGAUUCUGCCAUACGUUCUUCAUCGUGAUCCUCAACAAUUUCCAAAUCCAGAACAAUUCGAUCCCGAUAACUUUCUACCUGAAAAGAGGAAAAAUCGUCAUCCUUUCGCUUACAUACCAUUCAGUGCUGGACCUCGAAAUUGUAUUGGCCAGAAAUUUGCAAUAGUAGCCGAAAAGACAGUGAUCUCGGCUAUUCUACGGCAGUACACCGUUAGGACAAAAGAAGGUCCUCUCAUUGUUGUGCCCAAUACAGUUCUUGUCCCGAAAUCUGGCAUUAGAUUGAGUUUCACUCCUAGAGUGAGAAGAAGAACUGAUUUACAGCAAUCCGAUCUGAAUAUAAAAACAACACCUGUUGUUGAGGAUACAUAUUUUUAGACCUUAUUGAAAGUGAUCAUGUGAAGAUAGUGUUCUAAGACUAUAUAUUUGCGGAGAACGUCGAAUUGAUUGAAAAGUGUGAUAGAUAAUUUUUAUUAUUAUAUCAAGUAUUAAGGAAAAGAUAAUGGAUCUAUGAGACUUGCUGACCGGUUACGACUAUGCUACUAAAUUAAUUAUUGUGAAAUAUAUAGAAAAUAUGUUCUAUUAGCAACGGGAAGAUAAGCUAUUGUAUAGCUGAUAAUAUGAAUAAAUUGAUUAGUUCAACAUUGUAUUGUAUUUUGAUUGAUUUGUAUUGAUGCAGCAGUGAAAUCUAAUUUAAACAAUUAGCAUUGGUUGAGUGGAAAGUGAUGAUGUUACUUAUAAUGAACGCUGACAGUUUAAGUGAAUCUCACAUAUCAGCUUAGAUAUUGUAACACGUUCAAAGACAAUAUUAAUCUAUUGCUAACAAUCUAUUCAUGUAUCGUGAAUGUAUGAAUUCAGUGAAUCUAUUUGGAUUGAUGUUCACCAGAUCUACCUCACUUGAAGUUACCGGUAAAAAAAUUGAUUAUAUGGGGAAAUAUUCAAGAAGAAUAAAAAAAUCUUAAAAUUUACUAUUUAACUUAAACUUGUACUUUGCAAACGUAUUGAUUAAAGAUAGUUUGAGUCUAUUAUAGAUUGGAAGGUAGAUUGAUUAACAAAAAUAUCACACCACAAUAUGGCAGUUAAUUCGAGCUUUGAAGGUGACACAUAUGUCUAGGAAUAGAAUUUUCCAGUUGCGAAUAAUAAUUAUGUUUCAGAUUUCGAGAGAAUAUACAUUGAUAGAAGGCCACAGUUGUUGAAGAUCUCCAUAAAUGUUCCUCAAGUGAGUUAUGGAAGCAACAAUAUAUUAUGUAGUAGGAAGUACUUAAUAUUCGUCGUUCAAUUUAUUUUGUGACUGAAUACCGAAGUUGCUCUGAGAAGUCUUGAAGAGAAGGAAGUGAGAAGAGUACUGCUUCUAUUUCUAUGAACAAGUAAUCCUGACUUCAUCUCAAACACCUUGACCUAUUCUCAUCUUGGAGAAGCAUCAGUAACUUCUUCAGUGAAUAUAAGCUUGACUUUGUACCGGAUAUUUUCCCACAAGCAUAAACCAUAUUCACACUAGGAUCAUAGAAGCUGUCCUUCCUUCACAGCGCUCUACAAAGCUUUUAUUCCUAUUCUUAUUGUAUACCUAAUAGGACGUGUAAAGUUUUGAUUGUGCUCAUUGAAUAUUGAAAUGAUGCCGGUCAUUGAUUAUUGUAUGUUCCAGUCAAAAAAGAUGUUGAAAUAAAAAAUGUUUUUAUUCUA